UGCCGCCACCUGCAGCUCCGGCUUCCUCCGCCUGGCGUAACUCUUGCCAUACCUGGCGAGGCCACGUCAGGGGCUCCAGCCACGGCCGGUCGCUCGGAUCCCUCCGCACCAUGAUCCCCGCUCGAGGCGGGGGCUCCAUGCCUCCGCCGCCCAACGCCACUGCCUAUUACCCCCCGCCGCGCGUGAAUCUGCCCUCCGGCUUGGAAAUCCUGCGCACUUACUCGGGGGCCUUCAUCUGCCUGGAGAUC